CGGCAACGCCUCAUUACUGUCUUCGCGUCGACCAAUUUUCUCUCACAAACCCUAACAACUUCUCAGUCUGCAAUCGCAACAAACUAACAGUGGAAGAAUUCCGAUAGAAUGAUGGGGGAUAAGGAUCAAAGACCACCCCAAUCACGACCUUCUCUUAAAGCUCAUGUGUCUUUCAACAAUUAUCCCAAGUGGAAAGACAAGCUCAGAGAAAACUGUUACAAAAGGGUCCGAGAGGAUCGAACACGUCUCCUUUGGAAAAUGAGGUUGCCUGAGGGGCCUGAGGAUCAAUCUCUUAAUCAUAAGGAGUUAAUUAAAUCAACUUUCCGGGACAUAGUUACUGAUGAACUAAGAAAAAUUAAGGACACACCUUUGAAGGACUAUUCUGCUACCUUAAUUCCUGCUCCUGAUACUGAUGAUGCAAUAUGGGAAUAUGAGGGUCUUCACACAGCUUAUCAAGGCGAAUGUGAAGAAAUUUUGUUAGAAAUGCAAAGGAUAUUUUAUGAGGAUCUUAAGACACAGAAAAGUAGAAGAGAACCAGAACGCUAUAUCAGAACUUGGGAGGAUGAAGAAGACGAGUACUUAGCACGUGCAGUUUAUGAGCAUAUGCAGCUGAAUGAUAAGCAGGUGCAGAAGUUAUGGUGCCCCAUCUGCAAGCAAGGAGAGUUGCAGGAGAACUGCAGUUUUAUACAUUGCACCCGGUGUGAGCUUAAGCUCACUAGAGGCGAUGAGGUCCUGCUACUAUUUCUCAAUUGCUUGAGAUCUAAUCUUUUCUUGCUUCAACUCUGUUCUGUUGAUUACUUGUCGAUUGUUCAAUGUCACCUUAUCAAAUUGUUGGUAAAAGACUAUAUGAACUGAAAUAAGAACGGUCUUUUUGUUGUGACUUCCCCAAGUCCUCUGUACUGUAGUGCUCCUAAUUUAAACAUUAUCCAGCCAUAACACCUCCUCCCUUCUUUUUUUUCAGUAAAUUUACACACCCCCGUGUUGAUCGGUCCACCAGGGUGUAAAUUUGUAUGUCUCCCUUGUGGGUUGGCAGUAAUUCAAAUGGACAUAACUUCCUUUUAUCUUCUAGACAAUUAUUCAUGAACAUCAUGGAUCAUAUGGAAACUUGAAUUACACAAAUGAGUAGAGUGAUGCAAAUUUGCUUCAUACUCAUAAUAAAUGUUCUCUGAACGACGAAUUUUGAAGUUUUAGCAGUGGUGUACUGCUCUUUUUGUUUUGUUUAUGUACAAUAAUUUGUGAGGACAGUUUCCAUCAUAGUUCGUGUAAAAUAACAGGAUAGAAGCAUCAUUCAAUCGCUGAAGCUCAUGUAGAACAUCUUGAUAGACAUUUUCUAUCGUCUGAGUCUGACCAUAGGCGUCUCUCUGGUAUUUCUAGGUUACUUUGGACUUGUUGCGAACUCGGCUGGCUGAAGCUCAUGCAGAACAUCUUGAUAGGGGAUGCAGGUUGCG